CACCAGUCAACAUUGGAGGAAACUAUUGCUGCACGUGUCCGGAGGGGGGCGGUGGGAAUUGAUGUGUAGUGGACCGUUUGAAAUGUUUCAGUGAACGGGAGCUCGGUUCACUUGUUCUGAUUUUUGAGCCUGUUUUUGUUUUGCUUUGUUUCACUUGUACUCAAGAGUGUAUUAGCGUUGAGCGAGGUUCCGCCGGUGACGGCGUUGAACGCUCUCCCGCGGCUGUGCUGGUGGUUCCGGCCAGAGGAGCAGCGGGGCCGGAGGAGGCGGCCAUGGAACGCGCGAGGAGAGAUUUGAGUGAGAUUCACUCCAGGCUAUUUGAUCAUAGACCCAUCAUCCAGGCAGACAUUCGCUAUUUCAUCAAAGAGUUUGAGGAGAAGCGUGGAUUUCGAGAACAAAGAGGAUUGGCAGGUGUGAACAAUCUGAUCAUCGAGCUCAAUGACCGGGUCCUUCCUCAAACUUGUGAAUCAAUGAACAGCAAUCUUCCAAGUGUUCUUGCUAAAUUUUGGGAUUUCUUUCCAGUGGAAGCGGCAAAGCAAAUUACCAACAGGAUCCAGCAGAGGGAGCAGGAAGCAGAUCAGAAAGAUCGGCUGCAAGCCAUCAGAGAAAGGCGCAAGGCUGAAUGGGAAGCCUUUGUAAUUGAACAGCGCCGCAAAAGUGCAGAGGUGGAGGAGGAACAUGUGAAAACGGUGGAAUGGGUGAAAGAACAAUAUGUGAGAAUGGAAGAGGACUUGGCAAAAUUCAGGACUUUCUGACUUCACUACACAGUUACUGACCUGUGCACUAUGCUGACCAAGGCUGUUGAGUGUGAUCAUGGCAGUCAAUAUCUUUUAAACCUACCUGUAUAUCAGGGUGUGUAAAGAAAUAUAACGCUUAAAAUAAUGUCGUCCUCCAGAUAGUCUGGAUUUUGUCUGCAUUGCUGAUUCAAAAAUGUUCUUUGAUUCUGCCAACAGAAGAGAUUAUAUAUAAUUUUCCAUCAAGAUACAUCUGAUUUCAAAUAUUUACAAAUUAUCUGAGUCAGAACUGAUAGCAUUUCUGUAAAAUCCUUAUCACCAACAUCCUGAAGGGCUUUGUAAUUAUUUUUAAAAUGCAGUCACUGUUAACGUGUACAUAGCUUGGGAUUAAAAUUUAACUUCUAAUUGCAAUAAGAUUUUUCAAUACUUUAGAGUCUGUUGAAUGUCUAAAUGUUCUGUUGAAUUAAAAAUUGAAACUUUACAUGAUCCUUAUUUCCAAGGCAUGAGAAUGUAAGUGAAAUAAAGUGCUUACAAAAGGAA